CUCUCUUUCCUGUUCUGCUGCUCGCUGAUUAGCAUACCGAUUUGUCUAUGCAGUUCCUUUAAUACCGCAGUCAGCUGGUAGUGUGCAGAACCACUCACUUCAUUAUUAGCUGACAAACCGUGUAAAGUGUGUUCACGUCGGCACAAACCGAAGCAGCGCGUCUUACCAACGCUUUACACACUGCUGCCAAUGUCGUGCGAACAUAAGAAAGCAGUCCCCAAUGGCCAGAUGAAGCCUUCAGGAGACAGCUGGAGGCUGAACUACGUGACCGGGGACCUGUUCUCCUGCUCCGGCGACGAGGCUCUGGCUCACUGCAUCAGCGAGGACUGCCGCAUGGGGGCAGGCAUAGCGGUGAAGUUCAGACUGAAGUUUGGAGGGAUGGACGAAUUGAAGGAGCAAAAAAAACAGACGGGAGAAUGUGCUGUCCUGAGAAGAGAAAGACGUUUUGUCUACUAUCUGAUCACAAAGAAGCGAGCGAGCCAAAAACCCACAUAUGACAACCUGAAACUGAGCUUGGAGGACAUGAAAUCACACUGCUUGAAGAAUAAAUAUUGGCUGUGGCCUGGACAGACUGCAGUGGAAAAGAGUGUCAGAGAUACUGGAACAGUGUCUUGGAGCCUGUGGAGACGGGGAAGUGCUCAGUAUCCAGGCGAGAGCAACCUGCACAAAAGGUGUGCACACACAUGGGAGUGUGUUGGGAUCUGUGCUCGCCACUCCUGCAUCCCUGUUAAGUGACGUCUUUUGGAGGUCUUUCUACUUCUGUGUGCAUACGCUGUCAGACCCCUGCCACCAUGUCCUGUGGGAGGCUUUGCCUAGGUGGUGACCACAUCUACGUUACUGUAUAUCACACUGCACGGCUUGCACCCCUGUCACCUAACCGCAGUAUCACUCUAGCUGCCCAUGACAUCUAUUCUGCUCCAGCAUGUCUGGUUUCAUGCUGCAAUGGCUUUACAAGGAAGCUUUACAUCCCUGCUAAAUCAAACAACAAGGUUUUUUCUCUGUUCUCCAUAUGUUGCAUUUAAUACAUUUUGCUUCCUUUUACUGGAAGCUGUGCUGACGUUUUAGAUUUGUCUGCCAAAACACUGUAGUUGUCAAAAAGGCUGAGAGAUUGAACAGAGGCAUUUGAAAUGUGACCUGUGUCGGCUCUAGCCGUCUCCACGCUGCUGCUAGGAAGCUGGUAAUGAAAGUGUUUUCAUUUGAGUGCUUCAAGGGGCCAUGAAAUCACACCUAAAUUUCAGCCUUUACAUUAUCAGAAGCAAGUAAAGUUGGAUACACUUGAAGUUGGAUUCCCCAAAAAGAUGCACAUUCAAGCCUGAUAAUCAUAAUAGCCAGCCCACAGUGGUCUUCAAAGAGGCCUUUAAGGUGUUUAAAGUGGACUUCUACAGUUUUAUAUGAUUUCCCAAUGUGUUUUCCUUUCAAAGGCAUCUGGCAGCAGAAUCUCAAGUUUUUUUUUGGGAAGAGAAACAAAGCAGAACCUCGUUAAACAUAUUUUUUACUGUCCCCUGAAAUCUCAGGAAUGAAGAGACAUUUUCUGUUCCUCUCCUCUCCUCGUUCCCAGGGGGUUCUGUCGAGGGAGAACCGAGUUGUCUUCUCAUAAUGCUGCCAAGUAAGAAUCUGCCCAUCUAACUCUCAGAAUGCUCAGAGCAGAGCAAACAUCAACCAAACCCCUUAAUUAAACUACAGAUUUUAAAUCAGUUUUUUGUGAAGUUGGCUUAAAUUGCAAACUGCAGCUGUGAACAAAUGCUUAAUUUGAUUGUUCUAUGCAACCUGCAUCUCUACGCCAAAGUAUGACGAUGACAGAAGCUGACGAAAAGAGGCAAGUUGACAAAAAGUUGAACGAUGAUUCCCAUAGACGACCAUUAUAAAAAAACAACGAAAAACGUUGAAUAACGUUAAAAGUUGAUAAGCUGAAAACGUGAAAAGUAAUAGCCCCCAUCUCCUAAAGACGACACACGUUUAGAAAGUUGAACGGCGAUUCUACGACGAAGCGUUGAGACGAUGAAAGCGACCGAAAAACGGGGCGAAAUAAUAAUAAGAAAAACUAGAAAAAGUAAUUUCUCGAGAAAUUACGUGGGAGAGCUGAUCUGCUGCCGCUGAUUAAGCUGCUGACGUCAAAAAGUUGACUACGGCAAAACGAUGAAAACGAUGAAAACGAGAAAACGUUGACAAAGAUUAAAACGAUGACAAAAGAUGGCGAUUAAAAAGAUGAUGAUUAAAAAGAUGACCAAGGUCAUACUAUGACAAUAUUAAAGAGAUGACAAUGAUUCAAAAGUUGACCAAGGUUAAAAGAUGUCAAAGAUUAAAAGGUUGACCAAUGUGCAUUGUUGACAAUCAUAAAUAAGCUGACUAUCUUUUUGAUUUGAAGAAAGUAUUUGUAAAUAAUUACCUAACUGUGUAAUAUUUUAAUAACUAGUAGAAAUUUACCAGUCAGAAACAAAAAUCUUGCCAUUUAAGGUAAUAAAUUACAUUGGUGCUUUUAUUUUGAAAGGAUUUAGAGGUUGUGUGUGGGCGAUUACUAAACUAUAAAAUAGUCAUUAGAUAGUCAUAUUUAUCAUUCAAUAGCAAGAAUAGCCCUAUUAAAGCAAAAGAUUUAGAUUUAGCCCUUUCAGAAUAAAAGCACCCUAAUAAGUUUGAGUGGCUAUUUACUGAACUCUAAAGUAGUCCCAUUAACGAUUGGUAAGUAUUCAGAACCACAAAUUUUUUUAAUUAAUCUUGCCAUUAAAGGUAAUAAAUUGUAAUUGGUGCUUUUAUUUUGAAAGGAUUUAGAGGAAAUGUGUGGGGGUAAUAGCGUAACUGUCAAUUAGUCUUUAAUUACCCAUUCAAAGGCAAAAACAGUGCAGUUAAAGCUAAUAAUUGGCAUUGGUGCUUUUAUUUUGAAAGGAUGUAGAGGAAGCACGUGUGGGUAAUUACUAAACUGUUAAUCUAUCUUUAAAUAGCCAUAAUUACCCAUCUAAAAGUUGAAAUAUUGCUAUUAAAGCUAAUUAUUUGGCUUGGUGCUUUUAUUUUGAAAGGAUUUAGAGGAAGUGUGUGCUUAAUUACUACACAAUCCAAUAGUGUAGUUGAGUAAUCAGUAAUAAGCAUGGAACUGCUGUCUACACUGAGCAUCAGCAGUUUGACCUGUCAGUGAAAUCUGCAGCUGCGCCGUCGCCAUGGAGACGAAAGGCGGGAAAAUCAGGCUCACUCUGCUCUGUAAAAGCAGAGUUUCACCCUGUAUAAACAGGCUUGUUCCAGCUAAACCAUGAUAGUUAUCACAAAAAUUAUUUCAUUUUACGAGUCCCAAGGCUUCAAUGAGCAAAUGGUGUGAAUUUUAUGUUUGAGGAUAAAAGCUUGUAGCCACAAUUGGCAAUUUCAAAAUAUGUCUCCUCUGUUUUUCUCCCCAGACGUCUGCCGAAAAUUAUCAUUAGAGUCUAUGGGAGAAUUUCGGGAUCUCUCUGCGCUUUGAGGUUGAUAGCGACUAAAGUAUAGGUCUGAGGGUAUAUCCAGACACAUCAUUAGAAAGAAGACAAGUAUGACUACGAUUUAGUGAAGUAAUUACGUUGAUAGAGUAAAAAUUGUGGCUGUAGUGACGAGUUAGAGACAGAAGUUCUGUCUUAAAAAGGCGCACCUUCUCACUGUAGCUGUGACAUCACGCACUCUAACUGACCCAAUAGACACUAAUGGAAAAGCUGAAAAUUUAACAAAAACCACACCAUAUUUAAACGCUCACAAGUCAAAAACUAUAAAAGAUACGAGGACGCUGAUUUACACGGAGAACGCUGAAAGAUGAUAGACGCUUUUGACGUUGAAAUGACGUUUCUACGCCAAACUAUGACGAUGACAGAAGCUGACGAAAAGAGGCAAGUUGACAAAAAGUUGAACGAUGAUUCCUAUAGACGACCAUUAUAAAAAAACGACGGAAAACGUUGAAUAACGUUAAAAGUUGAAAAGCUGAAAACGUGAAAAGUAAUAGCCUGCAUCGUCUAACGAUGACGCACGUUUAGAACGUUGAACGAUGAUUCUGUGAUGAAGCGUUGAGAAGUAGAUAGCGACCGAAAAACGGGGCGAAAUAAGAAUAAUAACUAGAAAAAGCAUUUCCAUAAGAAAAUGCACAGUGAAUGCUUCCAAGCUGAAAAUAUUCCUGAAGAGUUGCUGAAAGUAACUGAAACAUUUAAAACAGAUGAAAUAGCUCAAUCAUGUAAAGCAUAGUUGAAUAUAUCUAAGGAGAAAUAGGAAUUGAUUAAACAGUGCUGAAUAUUUGCAGAAGAAGCUGAAGUAGUUCAAUUUCAUAUGGAGGAAAGACAAAAAAUAUUUGCUGAAAUUAACAAACUGCUGAAAAUCAAUUAAUUAAUUUGUUGAAAUAUAGCCAAAUAUAUCAAAAUGGCUAAAUAUUGUAAUUAAAUAGUUUUAAUUUCAAGAGCUGAAUGAGUAGCUAAACGUUUUGGAAAUAUUGAUUACGGCUUAAAUUUGCUUCAGAACAAGUAUUUGGAUUUGAAUUGAUAAAAGUUGAAGCUUUGAAGGAAGUGUGUGCAGAUAAUUGCUGAACAGUAAAAUAGUUUCAUUAACUGGUUAUAAUUAACUAGUCAAAUUCACAAAAGCGACAUUUAGGCUAAAUAAUUAGAUUGGUGCUUUUAUUUUGAAAGUAAUUUGAGGAAGUGUGUGUCCUAACUUGGUAAACUGGAAAAAGCGCUCAUUAAGUUGUCCUAAAUAACAAAAAAGCAGUCAAAAGCAGAAAUCAAAAAGGUUUAGAGCUUAGUUAGUUGCACUAAAAGUUUAGUAUUCUUAUUUUGAAAUGACUUACAGGAAGCUUGUGUGAGUAAUUGUUAAAUAGUUUCAUUAACUAGUAAUAAUAAACCAGUAAUUACUGGUAUAGACUUAUUGCUGAAUUUGAAUUGACCAUUCAAAAGCAGAAUUUAUUCUAUUAAAGCAAAAAAAAAAUGGUUUAAUGCUUUUAUUUUAAAACGAUUUAGAGAUGUGUGUGUUUAUAGCAAAACUUUAAAAUAGUCUCAUUACUUGUCACAAUUAACCAUUUAAAAACAGAGUUUAUGCUAUUAAAGCUAAAAAUUUGGAUUGGUACUUUUAUUUUGAAAGGAUAUUGAGGACACCUGAGCAGGCAAUUUCUAAACAUGAAGAUUGUCUUAUCAUCUAGUAACAAUACACCAGCUGAACGCAGAAAUAUUGCCCUUUUUAGCUAAAGAUCUGGAAUGGGGCUUUUAUUUUGAAAGGAUUUGGAGAAACUGUGUGUGCAGUAUUUUAGUCUAAAUAAAUAGUCACGAUAAACCUGUUGAAAGCAGAAAUAUUGCUAUCUUUAGCUAAAAAUCGGGAUUUGGGCUUUUAUUUUGAAAGGAUGUGGAGAAGCUGUGUGUGCUUAAUAGCUAAACUGUAAAACAGUCACAAUAACCAGUCACGAUUACCCAUUCAAAAGUAUAAAUAGUCCUAUUAAAGCUAAAAAUUCGGAUUGGUGCUUUUAUUUUGAAAGAAUAUGGAAAAGGCCUGUGCAGGUAUUUGCUAAACAGUAUAUUAGUCUAAAUAACUAGUCAUAAUACACCUGUUGAAAGCAGAACUAUUGUUAUCUUUAGCUAAAGAUCAGGAUUGGGGCUUUUAUUUUGAAAGGAUGUAGAGGGGCUGUGUGUGCUUAAUAGCUAAACUGUAAAACAGUCACACUAACCAGUCAUGAUUACCCAUUCAAAAGCACAAAUAGUGCUAUUAAAGCUAAAAAUCUGGAUUGGUGCUUUUAUUUUGAAAGGAUUUAGAGGUUGUGUGUGAGUAAUUACUAAACUAUAAAAUAGUCAUUAGACAAUCAUAAUAUGUCAUUCAAUAGCAAGAAUUGCCCUAUUAAAGAAAAAAAAUUAGGUUAAGCCCUUUCAGAAUAAAAUCACCCUAAUAAGUGUGAGUGGUUAUUUGCUGAACUCUAAAGUGUCUCAUUAACGAUUGGUAAGUAUUCAGAACCAGAAAUGUUCUAAUCAAUCUUGCCAUUAAAAGAAGUAAAUUGUAAUUGGUGCUUUUAUUUUGAAAGGAUUUAGAGGAAACGUGUGGGGGUAAUAGCAUAACUGUCAAUUAGUCUUUAAAUAAUCAUAAUUAACCAUUCAAAGGCAAAGACGGUGCAGUUAAAGCUAAUAAAUUGCAUUGGUGCUUUUAUUUUGAAAGGACAUAGAGGUAGCAUGUGUGGGUAAUUACUAAACUGUUAAUCUAUCUUUAAAUAAUCAUAAUUACCCAUAUAAAAGCAGAAAUGUUGGUAUUAAAGCUAAUGAUUUGGCUUGGUGCUUUUAUUUUGAAAGGAUUAAGAGGAAGUGUGUGCUUAAUUACUACACAAUCCAAUAGUGUAGUUGAGUAAUCAGUAAUACGCAUGGAACUGCUGUCUACACUGAGCAUCAGGAGUUUGACCUGUCAGUGAAAUCUGCAGCUGCGCCGUCGCCAUGGAGACGAAAGGCGGGAAAAUCAGGCUCACUCUGCUCUGUAAAAGCAGAGUUUCACCCUGUAUAAACAGGAUUGUUCCAGCUAAACCAUAAUAGUUAUCACAAAAAUUAUUUCAUUUUACGAGUCCCAAGUCUUCAAUGAGCAAAUGGUGUGAAUUUUAUGUUUGAGGACAAAUGUUUGUAGCUGCAGUCGCAAUUUCAAAAUACCUCUCCUCUUGUUUUUCUCCCCAGACGUCUGCCGAAAAUUAUCAUUAGAGUCUAUGGGAGAAUUUCGGGAUCUCUCUGCGCUUUGAGGUUGAUAGCGACUAAAGUAUAGGUCUGAGAGUAAAGCCAGACACAUCAUUAGAAAGAAGACAAGUAUGACUACAAUUUACUGAAAUAAUUACGUUGAUAGAGGGAAAAUUGUGUCUGUAGUGACGAGUUAAAGACAGAAGUUCUAUCUUAAAAAAACGUCCCCUCGCACUCUGGCUGUGACAUCACACACUCUAAAUAACCCAAUACACACUAAUGGAAAAGAUGAAAAUUGACCAAAAACCACCCAAUAUUUAAACUGCUAUAAAUCAGAAACUAUUAAAGAUAUUUAAACGAUUUCUGGAAGAUUAAUAGUUGAAUAGUUAAAGAUUAUUUUGUAGUUUAAAUGGUGUCUGUAGCUUAAAGUAUGCGGAAGUAGUUAAAGCUGAAAGUAGACAAAGCUGAAGAGAAUUUGAAAAAUUGUUCCCAUUCAUUUCAAUGGGAAAAAAAAGUUAAAAAAAGCUUAAUAACUUGAAAAAUAUGAAACAUAUGAAUGAGAAAAGUAAUAGCACACGUCUCCUUAAAAAGCUGAACAUUUUGAUAUUGGAAUCGUUUCUGUAGCUGAAAGUAUGCAGGACUAGUUAGAUGCAGAAAAACGGGGGGAAGAAAAAUAAUAAUAACUAGAAAAAGUAAUUUCUCGAGAAAUUACGUGGGAGAGCUGAUCUGCUGCCGCAACGAUGACAAACGCUGAUUAAGCUGCUGACGUCAAAAAAGUUGACUACGUCCAAAAGUUGACUACGGCAAAGCGAUGAAAACGAGAAAACGUUGACAAAGAAUAAAACGAUGACAAAAGAUGGCGAUUAAAAAGAUGACCAAUGUCAUAAUAGGACAAGAUUAAAAUAUGACAAUGAUUCAAAAGUUGACCAAGGUAAAAAAAUAUAUCACAGAUUAAAAAGUUGACCAGAGUGCAUUGUUGACAAUCAUAAAUAAGCUGACUAGCUUUUUAAUUUGAAGAAAGUAUUUGUAAAUAAUUACCUGUGUAAUAGUUUAAUAACUAGUAAAAAUUUACCAGUCAGAAACAAAAAUCUUGCCAUUUAAGGUAAUAAAUUACAUUGGUGCUUUUAUUUUGAAAGGAUUUAGAGGUUGGGUGUGGGCGAUUACUAAACUAUAAAAUAGUCAUUAGAUAAUCAUAAUUUAUCAUUCAAUAGCAAGAAUAGCCCUAUUAAAGCAAAAGAUUUAGAUUUAGCCCUUUCAGAAUAAAAGCACCCUAAUAAGUUUGAGUGGCUAUUUACUGAACUCUAAAGUAGUCUCUAUAACGAUUGGCAAGUAUUUAGAACCACAAAUUUUCUAAUCAAUCUUGCCAUUAAAGGUAAUAAAUUGUAAUUGGUGCUUUUAUUUUGAAAGGAUUUAGAGGAAAUGUGUGGGGGUAAUAGCGUAACUGUCAAUUAGUCUUUAAAUAAUCAUAAUUACCCAUUCAAAGGCAAAAACAUUGCAGUUAAAGCUAAUAAUUGGCAUUGGUGCUUUUAUUUUGAAAGGAUUUAGAGGAAGCAUGUGUGGGUAAUUACUAAACUUUUAAUCUAUCUUUAAAAAGUCAUAAUUACCCAUCUAAAAGCAGAAAUACUGCUAUUAAAGCUAAUUAUUUGGCUUGGUGCUUUUAUUUUGAAAGGAUUUAGAGGAAGUGCGUGCUUAAUCACUACACAAUCCAAUAGUGUGGUUGACUAAUCAAUAACAAGCAUGGAACUGCUCUGUACACUGAGCAUCAGCAGUUUGACCUGUCAGUGAAAUCUGCAGCUGCGCCGUCGCCAUGGAGACAAAAGGCGGGAAAAUCAGGCUCAUUCUGCUCUGUAAAAAGCAGAGUUUCACCCUGUAUAAACAGGCUUGUUCCAGCUAAACCAUAAUAGUUAUCACAAAGAUUAUUUCAUUUUUCGAGUCCCAAGGCUUCAAUGAGCAAAUGGUGUGAAUUUUAUGUUUGAGGACAAACGUUUGUAGCCACAGUCGCAAUUUCA